AUGGCGUCUCCCGUGCAGGCUUUGCUGCUGGACAUGGACGGCGUGCUGGCCGAGGUGUCCCAGUCCUACCGCCAGGCCAUCAUCGACACUGCGCGCCACUUCGGCGUGUCCGUCACGCACGAGGACAUCGAUCAGCACAAACUAGCAGGCAAUGCCAACAAUGACUGGCAGUUGACGCACCGUCUGGUCGUCGACGGGCUCAACGGCGCCAGCUCUGCCCCGACGCUAGAAGCCGUCACGGCUCAAUUCGAGGCUCUGUAUCAAGGCGUGGGCAACACACCAGGUCUGUGUGAGCUCGAGACGCUGCUUACGCCCAAGGGAUUGCUGCGUGAACUGCACCGUCGUCUACCGAAGGGCAUGGCGGUGGUCACGGGACGACCUCGCAAAGACUGCGCCAAGUUCUUAACCACCCACGGCAUCGAGGACUUGUUCCCCGUGCAGAUCUGCAUGGAGGACUGUCCGCCUAAGCCGUCACCGGAGCCUAUUCUUCUGGCCCUCAAGGCGCUGGGCGUCGAAGCCUGUCACGCCGCCAUGGUGGGAGACACAGUAGACGACAUCAUCGCUGGCCGCAGGAUAUAUUGCUGA